AAAAUAGAAUCAAUUAUGUCUGAACCUGCUACUUCUGCAAAUACUAUGAGCGAAAUCCCAAUGACACCUUUGACUGCUCCUGCUCCCGUCUAUCCUGCUUCUGAAAACAUGAUGACCACACAACAGAACCAAACAAACUCGGGAGAACAAGAACAACAAGAUCAACGCUCCAUUCUGCGAUUAAGAGGUGGUGGGUGCAUUACUGACUGUUUGGCCGCCAUUGGUUGUUGCUGUAUCUGUGAAGAAUGCUGUUGUUAGUCCAUGAUUUUGCUGUAUAUGUACUAUCACUUAUUUUAUCACUGCUAUUACCAUUAUGUAUUAUUUUAUGCUGUAAUAAAAGCUUGUAUAUUUAAGGUUAAGCGUUGUGUAAUGUCCCUUAUUUCCAUAAAUGGAUAAAUUAUUCUUUUUUGGGAUUCCUGCCAAUGAAAAAUCUACGAGAGAAGGCGAAACUAAAGGAAAAAGAGAAUCAGAUGAGUAUGUGGCCACUAAGCGAAGUUAUACAUUACAGUUUUGAAGUUUCAAAAGCCAAACAUAAAAAUGUAUCCAUGGCAACAGAUGAAUAUAUAUGGUGCUUGAGAGUUAAUACAAAUCACCUGCAUGUCCUGUUUCUCCAUACUAUUGAUAGCUUUUAGUAAAUUAAGCAAAAAGGAUUGAUCCAUUAGGUUCUAUUUUAGUAUUUAAACAAAGGAAUAAGCAAAUUUGUAAGGCUCAAUGAAGCAGAAACAGC